GCGCCGUAAGUAUACGAGCACUGUGCUGAAAUGACAACUCCCGAAUUUCUAGACUUGAGUAAGAUAAAAGGCGCCAUCGCUGAUGUCAGAAAGGACUCAUCCUCAACGAACUGGGUACUAAUUGGUCAUUCUGGGAGUGAUCCCCUGAAAGUCGCGCUUAUUGCUAGUGGAAGUGGCGGUCCUAGUGAGUUAGCCAGUCACGUUCAAGACGAUCAGUUUAUGUAUGGAUUAAUUCGCUUGGAGGAAACUAUUGACAUGAGCACAACUGUCAAGUUCGUUUAUAUUCAUUGGCUUGGAGAGGACGUGCCAUUUGCAAAAAAGGGUCGUUUUGGAGUAGUACACGGAAGUAUCCGCGAGCAAUUCCAACCAUUCCAUGGAGACGUUGAAACAGGCAAUAGAGAUGAUCUUGAGGAGUCAAAUUUAAUGACUAUUAUUCAAGAAUCAAGUGGAACGAAGAGCAAAGUGUUGGAGAAGGGACAAGCUGAAAACCGGCAGGAGCGUUCAUUUACUGCCGGUGGUGGAGCUGCCGGAAGAAACAGCAAACCGGUCGGGUCUGGCACUCGUUUUAUUGGCGUUCAAGGAGCAGCAAGAACAGGAGGAUCUAUGAAGUUUUCUGAUGAGGUGAAAAGUGCUAUUGCUGGUAUUCGAGAUGAUGGGACAGACGCAAACUGGUGUGCUGCCGGCUACGAAGAUGGCGAUGUCAAGAAAGCCGUUGUUCUUCUGGGAUCUGGCAACGAAGGUCUACCCGCGAUUAAAGACUUGCUGAAACCUGAUAUUGCUUUGUAUGCUUUGUUGCGAGUGACUGAUGUUGUUGAUGAGAUAAGUACAGUCAAGUUUGUUUUCAUUCAGUGGGUGGGAGAGGAAGUCAAGCCUAUGGCUAAGGCUAAGAUCAGCACACACAAGGCAGAGAUCGGGAAUGUUUUUCUGCCAGCUCACGUGUCAGUGUUUGCUACAUCUUCUAGUGACAUCACUGAGCGAGAGAUCAUGGGCAAGGUACAGAGUGCCAGUGGUUCAAAGAGUCAUGUCAAAUGAGUGGCAAUUCACUUGACGUACAGUUUUGCCUAAUAUUAUGCAUGGUGGCAGAAAUAAUGCCAAAGUGAUGUUUGAAUGUAGAGCUAGAGUAAUUUCUUCUGCUUGGCACAGGAAACUCAAAGUAAAUGAUGGACUUAA